AUGCCCAAGGCAGCUGAGAGAGAGUCCAACUUUUCAGGUCUGUGUGAGGUCGGAUGGUUCACGUGUGGAGCCAACGGAUCGCUGUGUGUGGAGCAAAGGUUCUUAUGUGACCAAGAGGAAGACUGUCCGGCCGGGGAAGAUGAACUCAACUGUUUGGACGACAAGGGAGACAGUGGCCUCACCAAGGAGAUACUGGACAAACCCGCCAUCUCUUGGGAGCAGCGCCACAAGUGUAAUCUCAAGCACUACCCUGAGUUCUGUCUGUGCCGAAUGGAGACGAGAAUUCAUUGCAAAAACAUCAACCUAACAUCAGUCCCUCAAGACAUCGAUGUGCAAGUUACCAGCCUACUAUUGGGAAACAACAGCAUCAGUCUCACAGCAGAGUCCUUCACCCGUUACCCCAGCCUGACUCUCCUGCACCUGCAGAACAACGGCUUGACGUCCCUACCAGCUGAUGUGUUCAAGCCACUACCUAACCUAACCAAACUGUUCCUGGCAGAUAACAGGUUGUCGACGCAGGAGAAGGGGUCGCUGGAGGGCUUGAGGUCAACAAGGACACUGAGGCUACUACACCUCUCCCACAACACCUUCUCUGAGCUCGACCAACUGAUGACUCUGGUGCCUGGCCUGAAGACCCUAUGGCUCAAUUCUAACCUGGUUACCUUGCGUGGUCGAAAUGUCAGCCCACAUGCCCACAGCCUGAGGGAACUGUUCCUGGAGGACAACCUGGUGGAGGAGUUGACGGAACACUCCCUCAAGGGCCUCUCAGGUCUGGAAACAUUGUAUCUGCGUCACAACAAGAUCAAAGUCAUCUACAGCGGCGCCUUCCAAGAACAGCGUAGACUACUUGAGCUGGAGCUGAACUACAACAAGAUCCAGUACCUGCACCCGGACACCUUUCAAGGCCUGGAUUCUCUUGUCAGCUUGAACUUGGGGGGCAACCCGCUGACGAUGGUAGAGAUCGGUACACUAAGGCGCCUCUCUCGUCUCGACUCACUGAGGCUGGAGGGAGCAGAACUGACCACGGACCUGCUGGUGAACUUGUCUACUGGCCUGACCUCCUAUCAUCUCACCCCCAACGUCUCUCACGCAUACUUCAAGAGGUUCCGCUACUGUGGCUACCUACCACACAUACCUGACUGCUGGCCCAAGUCUGACGGUGUGUCGUCCUUCGAACACCUACUAGUGAGGGUGGAGCUGCGGGUGACGGUGUGGGUGGUGGCUCUGGCGACUCUGGUUGGUAAUCUGACCGUUUUGGGCGGUAGAGUCCUGUCUGCCGACGACAACAAGAUCCUCUCCCUCUUCAUUCGUAACCUAGCAGUUGCCGACCUGCUGACGGGGCUGUACCUGGUGGCGGUGGCUGUGAAGGACGUGGAGUUCCGGGCAGAGUACCACGAACACGCUUACUACUGGAUGAUGUCCUGGCAGUGUACCCUAACUGGCAUCCUCGCUAUGACCUCCUCCGAGGUGUCUGUGUUGAUCCUGACCUUCAUGUCCGUGGAGCGGUGGGUGUGUAUCACCUGGCCGUUGGGCGCCCCCAAGUUGUCGUUGACCGGGGCUAAGGCAGCCCUGGGCUGUAUCUGGACCCUCGGCAUCUUGCUCUCAGUUGCCCCUGCGUACUACUACCGUGGAAAACAGAGGUUUUACGGCACAAACGGUCUGUGCUUCCCGCUGCACCUCGACGACCCCUGGGUGCCGGGCUGGUUCUACUCUGCCAUGGUGUUUGUCGGCCUCAACCAGAUGGGCGUGAUGGUGAUCCUCAUGUCGUACGCGGGCAUGUUCUGCAGCAUCCGUCACACGCGCGCCAACACACCGCUCUCCCUGGGCGACCGAGAGUUUGCCAUGCGCUUCUUCUUCAUCGUGUUCACAGACUGUCUCUGCUGGACGCCCAUCAUCAUCCUCCGCGUCCUGGCGCUCGCCGAGAUGGACAUCACCCCUGAGCUCUAUGCGUACGUGGUGGUGGUGCUGCUACCCAUCAACUCCGCCCUCAACCCCUUCCUCUACACCUUCACCACCACCAAGUUUCGUUCUCAGGUGCGUCGCUUCCUGUUAGGUCGAGGGAUGUGUCUGUGGCCUCCCCGUCGAGACUCAGAGUCAGAGAUUACCAGGAACUCCUUCUUCAGAGGUGCAAGUUCAAAGGCAACAAAUGGGCGGGACGUAGCCAACCCUCCCAAUGGUGCUUCCCACACCGUCGCUGAGAUCAUGUUAGUUGAGGUCUCGAAGCACUCUGUUAAAGACGAGACCACAAGGGCCGACACUAAAGUGUGAGAUCUUCUUGAAGGUCCAGGGGUGACUUAGCCCAUCGUGGCCCAGGGGUGAAGGGGUGA